AUGUCAAAUUUGUUUGUUUGUCAAGUCUUGAUUUGCACUGAUGAGGAUGACAAUGCCUUAAAGGCAAAACUAAGACGGUUGUGCGAGAAGAAGGCUGGAGGUCGUCUCCAAGUUCCCCAGUGGCUCCAUGAUGAGUGGAAGAGCGGAAACCAUCUUACCAUGGCUAAGCAGUAUGAAGCUUGUGGUUUCAACAAGGCCAUGCGCUGCCGCUAUGGGGGUGAGGAUGAAUACCAUAUCUAUGUGCGAGAGAGUGGAAACGACCAACAGAAGAAUGCACACAGUGAAGAGCUUGAAGAACGUACUGUUGAGGACGGGCCGUCUGAGAUUGCUGAUGUGAAUCUUGACCGUCUUGCGGCCAGUGAGCUGCGCAGGAAGGCAGCUGACAGUGCAGCUGUGGCUGCAACUUCGGAGGCCAACAGGUCCAAGGAUGUCUUUUCCAAGUAUGUGGACUCAGUCUUGCAAAAGUGCGCCAAAAUCAGAUCCUUGGUGGGUGACCUACACAAGAACUACACAACGGAUCCGACAGCAAAGAAGGCUGUUCAGACGCUGAACACGGACCUGGCCACCUUGGAUUCGGAAUACAAUAAGCUGACCGAUUGCAUGGCACAGGGAGAACGGGAUGGUUUCGACCAAAAGUGGCUAAUCGGCAUGUGGGCUCAUGUUCAAAGGUGGGUUGAAAACUCAGAGAAGUUGAUGAAGGCUUCCACUUUCGUGUCUGCUAAGCGCCACUUCACGAAGAAUGAGGUGAAGGAGGCUUCACUGGGUCCCUACGCUUGGCAAUACAAACCAGCUAAGAAAAUGAAGUUCAGCGACCUGGACACCGUGGAUCCUAAUCCUGAGAAUUUGCCUGUUACUAGUUGUGCCCAAACUGGGAAGCGUCUGGUGUCUGAAGGCUUGAAGUUCCAGGAUACCUACUUGCAGAAUGCUGAUGUUGCAAAGCUUCACAGGUCCCAAGAUGUUUUUAGAAGAAUCGAGCUGGACCCCUGCAUGAGCUUGAAGCUUUCAAAGCCAGGUUGGCAGGGGUGCAAAAACGAGCUGCGCGGUGGAGAUUCGCUGAGGGAUGUGGAUGAGGGGCCAUACUUCACCUACUUCGUUCACAUGUCAUGGCAGAGGCCGAGCAUGCAGGCGAGUUGCGUCAACCAGAUCCAAACUGCACGAGCGGUGGCUUCGGACAUGGGAAAGCAGCGGGCUGUUGAAACAGGGGUGAGUCAGUGUGCAUCGUGUCAUCUGAACAACUCUGAAAGGGAUGUCCAUAGGAUUGCCAUCAUUGCUGUCAAAGGGGAUGCACCCUAUUUGACCAAGACUGGCCACUUCUAUCGGAGCUACAACACCUUUGCAAAGCGAGGGCAAGAAAGGGGACCGCCUAAGGGGGUGUGCCCGUACUGUUUGGCAGGGACUCGUGAUUUUCCUGCAGAAGACCUAGUGGGUUGCAAUCCAUGUUGGCUUACAACGGUUGGUGUCAAGCUUCCUUGGCUUCGAACUCCUGCUUUCAUUCGUCAUUUGCCACAUGACCGUGGGAACCCUACAAACAUGUACAAGAGUGACAUAUGGCAUGUUGUGCAUCUGGGAUUUGGGCGAAGUUGGGUUGCUAGUGUGAUUCAAAUGGCCCUUCCAUUUCUGCAACAGCCAAAUUUGGAAGAAAAGUGGGGAUACAUUUCAGAGGACUAUACAGCUUGGUGCAGGGCCAACAAAAAGCAGUGCCAUAUCAGCAAGGUCACCCCGUACCUUAUGAGCUAUGGUGAUGCAAGUGGAGCCAUGGGCAAUUGGCACAAAGGGGCUCUUUCUUGCAACUUCAUGCAGUGGCUGGUUGAUUUUCUAGGCAAAGUUCCUGGAGAUCCUGAUGGGUUGUUGUUGCAGUGCCGCCAAGCUACUUACAGAAUGAACUCCAUGUUCAGCACUCUCUACAAGGCUGGUGCCUUUAUUGAUGUCAAUGAAGGUUCUUUUGUGGCCGAGCAGGGGCUUCAAUUCUUGCGGUGCUAUGUGACAUGUGCUGGGGCAAUGUUCAGGCAACAGAAGCAGGCAGAUGGACGCCCCUCUGGACGAAGCCAUCUUCUCUUUGGCCGCCACUCGUCUCGCUGGAUGACUGGGGCCACUGAGACUCCUGAGAAGAAAAAAAUGAGGGGAGCGGUGUCGAUGGCUUUGGAGAUUGGAGAUGUCCAAGAUGGUUUGGUUCAUGGCUUACUUUGGCUUCCUUUUGAGCCAGAAAUCGACGUGCUUUCCUCGCCACGACCGCCAACUGCAUUUGGCUCAGUCGAUUCCGUCACGCAGCUCCGAAGGAACGAGCAGUGGCGGUCCGGAGUCGACGACAAGUACCUUUCGCAAAAAAAACACUGGGCCUGGGGGGUUGGUGGUCUGAAAAUGUCUGAAACAUCGUUCAAGUAA